AUGUUGAGGGACAGACUUUGCAAGGAGGAGAAAGAGGGUGCGAGGACUGCACAUGCUCAAGAGGGGAAGUACUAUGUGUGCAGAAAAGAUGCCCUGAAGUGCCGUGCCCACACCCCGUUCUGGACGGCUGCAGGUGUGGCGUGUGUGAUGGGUGUACCUUUGAUGGACGAGUUUGCUUCAACGGAGAGCGAUUCCAGCACCCUGAGGACCACUGUCAGCUCUGCUCCUGUC